AUGAGUAAGCUUUCUUGUCUGUUUGUUCUUAUCUAUCUAUCUAUCUAUCUAUCUAUCUAUCUAUCUAUCUAUCUAUCUAUCUAUCUAUCUCAUUCUUUUCAUAACUAUCUAUCUAUCUCAUUCUGCUCAUAUCUAUCUCUAUCUAUCUAUCUAUCUAUCUAUCUAUCUAUCUAUCUAUCUAUCAGUCUGUUCAGAUCGAUCUACUGUAGUCUGUUCAUAGCUAUCUAUCUAUCUAUCUAUCUAUCUAUCUAUCUAUCUAUCUAUCUAUCUCAUUCUGUUCAUAUCUAUCUAUCUAUCUAUCUAUCUAUCUAUCUAUCUAUCUAUCUAUCUAUCUAUCUCAUUCUGUUCAUAUCUAUCUAUCUAUCUAUCUAUCUAUCUAUCUAUCUGUCUAUCUAUCUAUCUAUCUAUCUCAGUCUGUUCAGAUCGAUCUACUGCAGUCUGUUCAUAUCUAUCUAUCUAUCUAUCUAUCUAUCUAUCUAUCUAUCUAUCUAUCUAUCUAAAAUAAUAUAUAAUAUAAAGAAUAGAAAUCAGCUUUACAGUUUUGGCUUUUCUUUCUUUCUUUCUUUCUUUCUUUUUUUCUUUCUUUCUUUCUUUCUCACCCAAUUUGUUCGUUCUGUUCCGAUUUGUUCUUUUUCACUUUUAUUUCUUACUUUCCUUCUUUCUUUAUCUUUCGAUUUUUUCUUCAUUUCUUAUUUUCUCGACCGAUUUGGUCUUUUUCAUUUUCUUACUCUCUUUCUUUCCUUCGCUCCUUCUUUCUCUUCCGAUUUGGUCUCAUUUCUUUCUUUCUUUCUUUCUUUCUUUCUUUCUUUCUUUCUUUCUUUCUCAUCAGAUUUGUUCUUUCACUUCCUAUUUGUUCUUUUUCAUUUCUUUCUUUCUUUCUUUCUUUCUUUCUUUCUUUCUUUCUUUCUUUCUUUCUUUCAUUCUUUCUUUCUUUCUUUCUUUCUUAUUCUAUUUUACUUCCUAAUCCGUUUAGUUAUAUAUAUAUUUUUCUUUCGUUCUUUCUUUCACAUUCCAUUUUAUUGUUAUUUCUCAACCUUCUUUCUUUCUUUCUUUCUUUUUUCUCAAUAA